GCGCGGAGCCUACUGGGAACGCCUUGCAAAAUGGCGACUCCCAGUUUGCGCGGCCGCUUGGCGCGGUUUGCGAACCCAGGGAAACCUGUCCUGAAACCCAACAAGCCUCUUAUCCUAGCUAACUCUGUCGGGAACAGACGCCGAGAGAAGGGCGAGGCGACCUGUAUCACAGAGAUGUCGAUGAUGAUGGCUUGCUGGAAACAGAAUGAAUUCCGCGACGAGGCGUGCAAAAAAGAGAUCCAGGACUUCUUCGAUUGUUCUUCCAGAGCUCAGGAAGCCAGGAAGAUGAGGUCAAUCCACGAGACUCUGGAGCAGUCUGAGAGUUUACCUCCCCACAAAAUGACCAAGUUAUUACAGAGAUUUCCCAACAAAUCUCACCUCAGCUGAAAAUGGAGAGACAUUUUAAAUGAACUAUCAUUCAUUUAAUUCAUUUCUGAAUGCUAUCCAGAGGCAUGUUAGGGUUUUUGAAGAAUAAAAUGAGUCAAAGGACUUAA